GUAGCAUUUGCGUAAGGAAGUGUCUUUUUCACGCGAAACUUGUUGGCACGUUUUGUCCUUCAUUGAGGAAAUAAGAAGCCUACGGAAAACGUUACCUGCAAUGGACCAUUUGUCAUUGUCGUUAAAUAUUGCAAAACAGUAGGCUACAGGGAAAUAUAGAUACAUUUGCAGGUGUGACCAUCGCCCCAUGGUGUGACUCAUGCCGAACAUUCCUAUGGGAGUUUUUGUAAACAAGUAAAAAAAAUUUUUAUUUUAAAGGCUUCCACGUCCCACGUAUCGGCUGUGAUUUCUACUUGCAGGAUAUAUAGCCUAGCGUGGGAAUUCAGCGACUGAAUACAGGCAUGGGCCAGCCUUCAUUCCAUGACUAACAACUCCCCGGCUCAAUUGAGAAACUCCCAACAUCCAACCAACAACAGGUGUUCUCUGCCAAUACUAAAGUUCUCUCUGGAUACUGUUGGUGAGACAUUACAGCUCUACGAUGCUCCAGCAGAUUUUGACGGACAUGUUCAUAGCCCCUGAGCUCCUGGCUGAGCUGAACGAGGAGCAGAAGCAGGUGUUGUUCAUUAAGAUGCGUGAGGAACAGAUCCGACGCUGGAAGGAUAGCGAGGCUCGACUGGAGAAGGAGGACGCCACUCUGAAGAAACCCAAGAAAGCCAAUGUGAAGAGUGUACAGUGGCUGACGGGGAUGGAUAGUGACGUGUGGGUGUGGGUGAUGGGGGACCACCCUGCCGACAAGUCCUACGAGCAGAUCUGUGAUGACAUCAUAGCCCAGAGGGCGACCCUCCAGGCCCAGAGAGAGGCAGAGGAGCUCAGGGCGAAAAAGGAAGCGGAGCUGGUCAAGAGGUUCUCCAGUGUGUUGAUGGACUCAGAGCUGCAGUCAUGGAGACAGGAGGUGGAGCGACAGGAGGUGGAGCGACAGGAGGUGGAGCGACAGGAGGUGGAGCGACAGGAGGUGGAGCGACAGGAGGUGGAGCGACAGGAGCAGGCCAGACAGGCUGCAGCUCAGCAGCAGAACCAACAGGAGGUGGAGCUUAAGAAAAGAGAGGCGGAGGAGAGGAGGAGGGCUGAGGAGGAGGUGCGAAGGGUGGAGCAGAAGAGAAAGCAGGAGAUCUACAUGGACCUGCGGGAGGUCAGAGAGGAGAGAGACGACCAACACUGGCAAGAUUCAUUGCGGAAGUCCAAAGCGGCUGACCUGCGGCGACGGUCCAUUGCCAAGCAGACCCGUGAUGACCACCGGCGGCAAUCAGUCAAGGCUCUGGAGCGAGGCCGUGUGGCUGCCGUCACCAAGGCCUUCGGCGGGGACAAACCGGCCCUGCCGCCCAAACCCAAACCCAGGAACCUUACUGUGACCAGCGACACCCUUAACCCGAAGCAAGGGGUGCGACGCACACUGUCCACCUCUGGCAGAGAGCACAUCAUUCGAUGGUUCCAGGAGGAACAGCUGCCUUUCCGAGCGGGUUUCGAGAAGGACCAGAGUCGUGUCGCGUCUUGGUUCCAUGGCAUCAUUUCGCGGCAGGAAGCCGAGGACUUACUGAGCGAGGGAGUACCCGGGCACUUCCUGGUGCGGGUCAGCGAGAGGAUUCUUGGAUACGUCCUGUCUUAUCGAUGCAAAGAGGAGUUUAAACACUUCCUCAUUGACGCUACAGAGGGCUGCUACAUGCUGCUGGGCCACCAGAUCAGAUUCACCUCGCUGGCAGAGCUUGUGGAGUACCAUGAGGGGGAGCCAAUCACCAUGUCAGGAGGGGAGCAGCUGCUCCAGCCAUGUGGCCAGAAGCCUAGUGAUGUGGACUAUGCAGACCUCUUUACCUGAAAUCCAGCAAGGGUCAUGUCCCAAUAGUCUAAAACGGCCUCCUCUCCUAGUCUCCUUCCUUCAUGACCACUGGUCAGAAAGGUCUCAAAAGGUGAAUGAUUGAGACCCGGUCGUUUCACCUGUCAGCAGCUUUUAAACAGUCUAUGGUUAGUUCAAGGCGGUAAAGAGACAAGGAAGGAAGCCACUUUAGAGUAUUAAGACACAACCCUAAGGCAGAGACACGAGACAGAUCUCUGUGGAACAAAGUGUUGCUACGGGAGACUCACUAUGGCUACAUAACCGACAGAGCUUGUUUUCUCAGGAGGGUUUACAGGAUGUUCAGAUGGAAGUGUAAUGUUUAGAACCGAUAUGUUUAUCAUGUAGAAUAUAACAAUAACAGAAUAACUAUUUUUCAAGGAGGAACUUCGGUUAACUUCAUAAUAUGGAAUCGUGUCAUCUCUAGUCAUUCUAUUUCUAUCUGCAAUGUUCAGAAAGCUUCACAUCAGUGUUGACAUUGACACUAUU